AUGUCCGAAUCCUUCGCCAUCCUCCGCCAACGCCGCUCCGACGAGCUAGCCAAGCUCGCCGACGAGCACCUCCAACAUGACCUCAACUCCGGAGACCGUGACAAGCUCAAUGCAGCCGCAUCUUCAAUCUCCCUGUGGACAACAGUUGGCUCUGCGGUCGGUGUGAGUCUUGGUCUUCUAGCCGCAAUCCGACUGCGCAGUACGCGCAAGGCGUUCUUCUCUGCCAUUCGCGCGCAGGAGAGGCCUACGAAGGUUAUUUUUGAAGAUGGGAGGACUGAGUCUAUUCCGGACCUUACGCCGCUGUUGAAGCCCACUACUUUGGGUGAUGUUGCGACUUAUUUCUUUGCGACGGCCGGCUUUGCUGGUGGUAUGGCGAGAGGGACAAGCAGUAUCAAUGCGGAUCCGGAGAGCAAGAAGAGAAUUGAAACUGCUUUUAGGAGAUUCCGGGCUCAUGUGCUGCGGAAACAAGCCGAUGCUUUGGAUAAGGGGAGCAAUGAUACCGGUUUGAUCUGA